GUUUGGCAAGUGGUGCCCCGAGCCCCUAAUUUGGGACAAGUCAGGGGUGAAGGGAGACAUUUCAUCCUCGUAGUGUGUGUGUGUGUGUGUGUGAGAGAGAGAGAGAGAGAGAGAGAGAGGCCUCGGAGAAGCAUGAGCAGUGUGCUGCUCAGUGUUGAUGCUGGAAGCCGCCAAAAGUCUUAUUUUUUUUCUCGUCGGAGGGUCGGUGAACAUCCUCGCCCGAAGAGGAUCAAUUGCCGCCAUUUGAGACGGAGUGUGCCAUUCAGAUUGUGGAAAGUGAGCUUGGUGGAAAGGGGGCAUGAGUAAGCGGCAAGGACUGUCUGCACGAGGCGAAAAAAAAAAAAAAAAGAAGGCAAAAUCGAAAUCGGGACUCUUCUGGCGACGACGUUAGCGCAUGGAAGGAGAAGGGAGAGUGGGAGGGUGAGCUUUUGGUAGUUGAUUAUCCACAGCAACCGCUCACUUUGAGAAACAGAGAAGAGAGAGAGAGGGAGCGAGAAGGAAGAGGGCACCGAUGCGGGGCAGAGAGCGUGGGCUGUGGCGUUGAGAGAGGCAGGGGAGUGCAUGUGCUGGGCAGACAGGUGAGUGGGCGGAUUUGGCGGGGCUGCUGCUGCUGCCCGUGCGCCGAUCGUUCCACUCUUCACUGUGACCCAAGCUAUUAUCAUGAAGAUGGCUGCCGCCACGUCGAUUGCUUCCGCUGCUUCUGUGGCGCCAUCUCCGGUUGGGAUUGCGACAUCAGUGGCUCUUGGCGGGGGUGUUGCAGGCGAGGGCUGCUGCUUCUCUCUCCCAAGCCGCCGUCUCGAUACACGAUUGGAUGUGCUGGUCUUGAAUUCAUCUUGCAAAUCUUGUGAGGGAUCAGGGUCCGGACCCCUGCGCGGUGGCCGGCGGCGCGAAGAUAGUAGCAUCAGCAGCCGCAGAGGAGCUGCUGCUGCUGAGUGUACAGCAGGCACUUCACGGAGGUGGCGCCUCUCCCCCGACAUUGGAAGCCGUCGCUUCUCUGCUUCUCGGGGUUUACGCUCGGUCACACCCUGGAGACCCACAUUGGCGCAGCUGAAGCUAGACCCUCCGCAAGGCCGUGGAACUGGGGAAGAAUCACCCAAUGGUCGAAUGAACAUACCCACUUCUUUUGUCGAAUCUCUGGAGAAGCAGAUGGAAGUACAAGAUGCUGGCAUUGUCGGCAGCUCGAGCGGCGAUGGUGCCAUAUCUGCUCCUCCGGAUGAAAGAGGAGGAGGAGGGGCUGUUAGAUCCGUGCCCUCUUCUUCUUCUUCUUAUUCUUCUUCCUCCGUCUCUUCCACUUCCUCUUCUUCUUCUUUGUCUUCCCCAUGGGGACAACCGGAAGGAGGAAACGGGGUGGCAUCUGGAAGGGUGCAGCAGCAGGGCAAAGUGAAAGCGACGGCCAACGACAGUGCGGCAGUGUCAGUUGAGAAGAGCAUGUCGGGAUCGGGAUCGAGGCCUGAUCAGGUGGUCAAUGGGCAUGUGGUGGAACAGGAGAAGAAAGGGAGGCCUGCUUCGUCGUCGUCGUCAUCAUCCUCAGCUCGAGGAGCCAGUUCUGGGGCGGGAAACGGAGCUUUGGCAGCAGGAGCUGCAUCAUCAACUUCUUCUUCGAAGACGAAGCUGGUAGUUGCAUCAGCAACCACAGCAGCGGAGAAGAAGAUGAAGGCGGGAGAUAAGAAAGGUUCUUCUCCGAGCCUAUCCAAGGUGGAAUCCAUCAGCAAAGAAGAUCCUUGGUUCAAAAAAGCCCAAGAUCAGAAGCUCAAGGUCUCUGUCUCUCCUGGUGGAAGAUGGAAUCGGUUCAAGACUUACUCUACGAUCCAGCGGACUUUUGAAAUCUGGAGCUUUGUCGUCAAGUUUGCAGUUAAGUGGUGGUUAAACCAGAAAAAAUUCAUGUACCGGGGCGGGAUGACUCCAGAAAAACAGAAAGACAGACGCAAAGCGCUCGCCAAGUGGUUGAAGGAAGGCCUGCUACGACUGGGUCCAACGUUUAUUAAGCUCGGCCAGCAAUUUUCAACGCGGGUGGAUGUUCUUGCACAAGAGUACGUCGACGAGCUUGCGGAGCUUCAGGACCAGGUGCCGCCAUUUGAGACUGAGCGUGCCAUUCAGAUUGUGGAAAGCGAGCUUGGCGGAAAGGUGGAUGAGAUCUUUGAGCAAUUUGAUAGCGAACCAAUUGCUGCCGCCAGUUUAGGUCAGGUGCAUCGUGCAUGUUUGAAUGGCAAGGAGGUAGUGGUCAAAGUUCAGCGGCCGGAUUUGAAGGAGCUCUUUGAUAUUGAUCUCAAGAACUUGAGGGUUCUGGCUGUCAACUUGCAAAAAGUGGAUCCAAAGUCAGAUGGCGCGAAGAGGGACUGGGUUGCUAUAUAUGACGAGUGUGCAGAGGUUCUUUAUCAGGAAAUUAACUAUAGACAAGAGGCGGAGAAUGCGGAAAGAUUCAGGAAGAACUUCAGUAAGCUGGAUUAUGUAAAGGUGCCUUCCAUCUUCUGGGACUACACCACACCAAAGAUCCUGACGAUGGAGUAUGUUCCAGGCAUUAAGAUCAACAGGAUUGCAGCUUUGGAUGAGCUGGGAGUUGAUCGGGAGAGAUUAGGACGAUUAGCUGUGGAAUCAUAUCUGGAGCAAAUUCUUCGUCAUGGUUUCUUCCACGCUGACCCUCACCCUGGGAAUAUAGCUGUUGAUGAUGUUGGUGGUGGGAGGCUGAUCUUCUACGACUUUGGCAUGAUGGGAGUAAUUAAUCCAGGAAUCAGAGAGGGACUGCUAGAAGCAUUUUAUGGUGUCUAUGAGAAGGAUGCAGACAAGGUGUUGGCAGCAAUGGUUCAAAUGGGUGUCCUAGUUCCAACCGGUGACAUGGUGUCAGUUCGACGAACAGCAGAGUUCUUCUUGAACAGCUUUGAAGAGCGAUUGGCGGCACAGAAGGCAGAUAAGGAAGAGGCAGAGAGGCUGGAGAAGGAGCUUGGCUUCAAGAAGGAAUUGUCCAAGGAGGAGAAAAUGGAGAAGAAGAAACAGCGAUUAGCUGCCAUAGGUGAAGAUUUGCUGUCCAUUGCUGUGGAUCAGCCAUUCAGAUUUCCAGCUACUUUCACAUUUGUUGUUCGUGCAUUCUCAGGUUUGUAACAGCCAACAAACAAGCAAUAUGUCC